AUGCGCCGGCCGCCGCCGCGGCGCCGCGCGCAGCCCUCGCCCGUGCCUAGAGAGAGCGGCGAGGGACGGAGGGAGGGGAGGGCCGUAGGGCAGCACGGCGCCGCGCGCAGCCCUCGCCUUGGCGCCGCCGCGCCUCCGCCUCUGAAUACGGUCGGCUACCCCCCGUCGCGGCUCCGCCUCCACGCCCGCACCUCGCCUCGACGCCGCCAGGCCGCGCCUCCGCCUCCACGCCAGGGAGCUCGAUCCGCACAGGGCCCCUGCUCCUCCGCCGCCGCAAGGCCCCGCGCUGGAUCGAGCUCGAGCAUGAACGCGCUCUGUUGGGCCGGAUUGGAGGCGACGACGACGUGGAGGAGGCCGGAUAUGCUGGACGGCGCGGAGGAGGUCGGAUGUGCAGAGGCCAUGGCCGAGGGCGCGGAGUGCCACGACCACCUCCGCCUCCGGCCUCGCGGCUCCGCAUCCCAGCGCGGGCAGCCCCGCCACGACCCCGACCCUCCGCCUCCACCUCCGAGCUGA